CCUGGCUCGUUGGGUCUCUUUCUGCUUGCGCCGUGGCGCCAUGCUGUCCGUGCCGCUGGCGCCCUGGGGCCCGGCGUCGCCGGAGUCGCCACAGCCGCGCACCCCGGGGCCGGUGCAGGCAACACGGCGAAGCCUCGAUGCACCCAAGAGCAUGCUGAGUCCCCCAGCGCGGGAUGCAGAAGGCUCCAUGGAGUAUUUGUGCCAGAAGUAUGAGGCACUGUCGCGGCAGCUGGGGGAGGCGCAGCGCUGCCGCGAGGCUGCGGAGCUGCGGCGGCGGCGCUUGGGGGAGGAGCUGUCGGAGAGCUCCCGGAAGCGCGGCGAGGAGGCGCUGGUUUCGGAGCUGACGGCGCGGCAGGCCUCGCUGGCGAGCCUGCGGGAGGCGGCCAGCCAGGCGAGCCAAGUGGCCCAGCGCCAAGCUGGGCGAUUGCGGCAGGAACAAGCUGCCGGCGCCUCUGCAGAGCAGCGCUGUGCCCAGCUGGCCGAGGACUGCAAGCAGAGCGGCGCGCGCUACGAGCAGCUGGUGCAGCAGCUCGCGGUGCAGGACCGCGAGGUGGCGCGGCUCCGCUUCGAGGCGGGCAGCGCGGCACGGCGGCUGCGCCAGACGCAGGCUGAUGCGCAGGUUGUGAAGGAGGACCUUCGGAUCGAAACGCAGCGCCAGUUGCUGGCACAGAACGAGCUGCAGAGCCUGGAGCAAGCAUUGCAGGCGGCCUCCAGGGACUUCUGGCUCGCCGAGCAGGAGGCUGAGCGCUUGCGGCGCGUGCUUGGCGACAGGAAGCAAGACAUCCUUGAGGCAGACGCUCAGAUCCAAGGUGUCCGCGAAUCUAUCAAGGAAAUUCAGGAGGAGCGGCUUCGCUCUGCGCGAGGCACGGCAAAGGCCGAGGAAGAUUGCAAGAGAUUGGAGGAUCGCAUGAGGAUGCUGCAGCAGGAAAUCUGCGCGGCGAAGGAUGCGAGCGAGCGGUGCCUCGUGGAGACCAAGGCGCAGGCCCAGGCCUCCGAGACGCUGCGAGGAAGUCUACUGGCGAUGGAGAUGCAGCGAGUGGCUUUUACUGGUGAAGUCGAGACAGCGCGGCGUCGAAUCGCCGAGGUGGAGGCUGCUAUUGUGGAGUGCAAAGAUCAUUCCAUCCAGGCCUUCAAGGAGAAGGACAACUUGUUAAUGAGGGUGAAGGAGCAGAAAGCCGAGGAGCAGCAGCUGGGCGCCUACUGCGGUGCCCUGCGCCGCGCCAGGCACGCGGAGGAGCUGGCCAUGGAGGAUCUGCAAACGGAGCUGCAGAUGGCCUUCCGUCGCAGGGAGGCGCUGAUGGAGGAUAUCGCGGUGAGCAACAAGGCGAUCACAGCCUGCUCUACGCAGCUACAUCAGCUCCGACCGGAGAUUGAAGAGGCGGAUCAGAGGAGUGGGCGUUUGGAGAUGAGCCUUGCUCAGAAGUCGAAGGACCUCGAGGACGAGCUCUGGCGAGAAAGGACACUGCGCCAGGACCUGAAGCUGGCAGGUCACCCGGCGAGCCCGGCGGCCGUGAGCCCGCUGCGCCGCCCUUCUCCGGAGAAGGCGGCGCCGAGCCCGGCGCCGAGUCCUUGGCGGUCCGGGCGCAGCCCCAGCCCUCCGGCACCUGCUUCUCAAGACCGCGUGCGGGCGCUGGCCGCCCCAUUGUCGGCGCCCGGCGCGGUCCCGCCGCGCCGCGCGCUGCGGUGAGGCGGUGAGGCGGUUGGGCCUGAGUUUUAAUAGGGGACCCGAAGUGGAGAACAUGGUGAGGUUCAUGUCCACCAACCACUUUGGAGGUUCCCCAUUGAAAUUCAAAGCAGAGAUGGCCGGGAAGAGGUCAAAAAAGCCGG